AUGCUUGAGAUGGAUGUUACCAAGAGACAAUUCAAUGUGUUAGGCCCAGGAGCACCUAUCAUUGCCUCAGUCGGGGAAGAAGCUGUGCUGUCCUGUCACCUCAGCCCAGAGACAGAUGCUGAGGACAUGGAGGUGACCUGGCACCGAAUGGAUCCUCCAGCUCUGGUGCAUCAUUAUGCUGCUUCCCAGGAUCAGCUGUGGCAGCAAAACCUACAGUACCGAGGGAGGACAGAGUUUCUGAAGGAGAACAUUAACACAGGGCAGGUGGCCCUGAGGAUCUUUCCCACUGUGCCUUCAGAUGGUGGAGAAUACAGGUGUAACUUUGCAAGCUCCACGUUUGAAAGUGAAGCUCAAGUUGAGGUGCUGGUCACAGCAACUACACAGGCCAGCAAGGGCCACAGGAUGGUGAGAACAUUCCCAGAAUGCCGGAUGCUCAUACUGGAAAGUCUUGCUGAAAGGGAUGGUGGAUAUUUGGCCUCAGGCACAGCUCCUCAGAUCCACAUUGAACCUGGAGGCACUGGGGAGGUGCAGCUGACCUGCACAUCCAGGGGCUGGUACCCAGAGCCUGAGGUGCAAUGGAGGGACCUACAAGGACUGCGGUAUUUGGUGCCGGCCUCUGAGACAAAGACAGUGGCAGAAGAUGGCCUGUUUCAUGUGCAAACAUCUGUCACUGUAGAUGCCAGCUCAAGAAAUUUGUCCUGUGCCAUAAGGAACCCCGUCCUCGGUGAGAAGAAGGAAACACAUAUUUCUAUGGCAGAUUGGGAUCUAUAUUACAGAGCAGAGUCAUUUCAGAACCCAUCCAACAUCAGAAGGGGGAUGUCUGGGAACCUAUGUCUGUCUUGCAGCAUCAAGAGAGCAUCUAUGGUUCACUACCAAGAGAAUAUGGUUCACUGCAAAGAGAACAUGGUUCACUGCAAAGAGAAUAUGUGUAGGACUCCUUUCAGGAAUUCUUGCCAGGCUGGACUGGUGGUGGUGAAUUCCUCUGGGUUCUGUUCACUACAAAUAGAACAUGGUUCACUGCAAAGAGAACAUGCCCAAAGCAAAGCCCUGGGAGCAGAGGGACUAAGUGUCAUCAAAAGAUUUGCAGCCAACAUAACCCUGGAUCAGGACACUGCUCACCCUAACCUUAAGGUGUCAGAGGACAGAAAACAUGUGAGACCUGUUUCGGAAAAGCAAGAUGUUCCUGACAAUCCUGAGCGGUUUGACACUCUCAGGUCUGUUCUGGGGGAGAACAGCUUCUCUGCUGGUGACCAUUACUGGGAGGUGGAUGUGGCUUGGAACUCCAGGUGGGCAAUAGGACUGUGUGUGGAGUCAGUCAAGCGGAAAGGAGGCAUCACUGUUUGUCCUGAAAAUGGGUUCUGGGCACUUUCCCUAAAGUUCAAUGUGUUCAUGGCACUUACCACUCCCCCUUCCAUUCUUAAGAUUUCAAAAGACAUUCAAAUUGUAGGUAUUUUUCUGCAGUAUGAGAAAGGUCUAAUUUCUUUCUACAAUGUGACAGAGUACAGCCUGCUUUAUACUUUCAAAAGCACAUUUACCAAACCCCUGAAGCCAUAUUUCUACACUGAUUAUUACAUUUGGGGAAUAAACAGUGGCCUCUACCUCCCCAGCUGUCAGUGA